AUGUUCCAAACAUCACACUCGCUUCUAAAAGGUGCCCAGGCACUCACGCCCCGCAGUCGCACAUAUACUCACCGGAUACGACAAACUCAUCCUGCCCAAGUCACAAGAUCAACAUUCAGAUGGGCGACGUCCUCAAGAACGGAUGAAGACUCUUUGGAGCUUGGUGACAGACAAGACAUUUUGGAUGGCUGGAGAGAACACCCAAGCGUCAACCCAAAGUUAGAGUUUCCAACAAUACUGGUUCCUGUGGAAUCACUUACAUUACUCGUCCCCAAGCUACAACCAUAUCUGGCAAAGAACUCGGAAGUUGCAAAGCACGUUCAUCCUCGCAUCAAAAUGGUCAAGGAUCACAGCGAUACUCACAAACUCAUACUGAUAACGAAUGAAGCGGUCAACAAUGACGGUAAUGAUAAUGGUGGUGGUGAUAUUAUCGAUCACCUCACAGACUCGUUGGAACUCGGUCCAGGGACUAUCCAAAGAGGACCCAUGUUGGACAUGGACGUUUCCUAUUCGCAGCUCUCCUAUCAAUACAUUUUGUCCAAACUCUUGACCCCCAUGGGAAUUCCCAUUCCCACCUCGUACGAACAAAUUGGGCACAUUGCCCAUUUUAAUCUCAAGCCGAUUCAUGAACCAUAUGGAAAACUAAUUGCAGAGGUGCUUACGGAAACCAAUCCUACCAUUGAAACUGUGGUGACCAAGGUGGGAGAAGUCCAUGGGGAUUACCGGACGUACGACUUUGACGUGUUGGCCGGUCCUGAAAAGUUGGAAACGACAGUGGUGGAACAUGGAGUGAAAAUUGAAUUGCAUCUUGGAGAAUGUUAUUGGUCCAAUCGACUGGGUGGAGAACGGCAGGUUUUGAUACAGGACAUUCUGAACCCAUCCGCUGUACCACCAAAGUCAGUUGCUGCUUCUGCCGAAAAGAAGGGAACGAGCGACACGGGGGAUGGGGAAAGAGAGCUCAUAGUUGCCGAUGCCUUUUCUGGAGUUGGUGCGGUCUGUUUGCUUCUAGCAAAGCAAGCACCGGAGAUUGGCAAGAAUGUGACCAUAUUAGCGAACGACUGGAACCCCAAAGCGAUUGAAUACUUUCAAAAGUCCAUCCAUUCGAAUUCUGGAAUGGACUCGGAUCGAUUUUUCUUGUCUCAAGGGGAUGCCUAUGACUUUCUCAUGGAUCUUGGAACGGGAGGAAUUGGUGGGGGAAAGCUCAAGAAGGGAAAGAAGAAAAAGAAAAAGGGGCCUCCUGGUGGAAUGCCAGAUCAUGUGUUGAUGAACUUUCCGUUGCACGGGCCUACCUACUUGGGAGCUUUACGGUGGUGGCAAUGGAAACAUGUCCAAAAAUUUUAUCACAUGCACAAUACCUAUCCCAGAUUUCAUGUGUACACCUUUGCCAAGGACAUUGCCGACAAGGAUAACGAAGAAGAAAUUGCUUUGGAUAUAAUUGCCGAUGAGCUACUGCCAGCCAUGAAUACACCCCGAAACGAUGAUGACGACGAUGACGACUUUGAUAGGGAAGGCGAAAAACCAGGCCGACAUCGACGGCGUGAAAUGGACAAUGCCUUUGGCACCCAAUUUUCAACUCGAAUGGUUCGAGAUGUUGCUCCAGGAAAGGUUGUAGUAUGCGUAAGCUUUUUCCUCACUCCCAAACUGAUUCGAUACAUGCAAGGCGAAUAUGAAUAA